AUGACUUUUCAGCAUCAACAGCAGCAAAACCAGGUACCUUCCUCUCCUCUGUCUGCACCCGCGACAUGCAUUGAUUUAGCAAUCCCUAAAUCGCUUUCCCUUCCAAAGCAAUCCGAAGGCUUUGUAGGAAAUGAGAAAAAACUCUCUCUAUCCUCAUCAAAUGAUUUCAAAAUCGGCACAUCUGAUUCUUUAAGGCAUCAAGCAUUUCUAUACUAUACACACAAUCAUCAGCCAGAUCAAUCUCGAAGAGAGUGCCUUGAUGACUCUCGCAGUGACGGCACACCAGAGACCUGUAGUCAGGACUAUCUAGAUCAAGACAGCCCCCCUGCGCUGACAGCAACUUGUGGUGUAGGGGUCCCGUGUUCUAGCAGCUCAAACCUGCAGCAGGUUUUGCUUUUGCAAUGUGAAUUGUGCCCUGUAUGUGGUGACAGAGUUUCCGGAUAUCAUUAUGGACUUCCUACGUGCGAAUCCUGCAAAGAGAAUCAGAUUGCUCUUAUUGUUUCCCACUACUACUUUUCAGGAUUUUUCAAAAGGACGGUACAAAAUAAGAAGGAAUAUCAAUGUACGGAGAAUGGUCAUUGUACUAUAGAUCGGGUACAUAGGAAGCGUUGUGCCUAUUGCCGAUUCCAGAAAUGCCUUGUUGUGGGUAUGCGAGUUGAGGGUAUGUUUCAGUCCCAAUAA